GGAAUCGCCAUGGCAUUAAUAUGAAUAUUUUUCCAUUAUUAAAACCUUGUCGCGAAUUGCGUGUAGGGUAUGAGCAAAUCAGCGCUCUAAAGGAGUAAUCCAGUCGAAACCCAGCGUCGGCUUUGAAAAUCGUGCAGGGUUUGAGGCAGCUUUGUGACAAGUCUUUGGGAAAUCUGACAAAUCCGUGACACGUUUUUAACAAACAUGAAGAAGAUAAAAAGGAUGCGUUCGGUCGACCAGAAUUUUGAUCACUUACUCAAAUACCUACCAUCAUGUCUACAUCUAUAUACCUUUCUGGCGCUACUGGAUUCAUCGGCGGAAGCGUGCUCACCGCACUUUUGGAAACCAAGAAGUAUUCAAUUACCGCGCUUGUUCGAUCUGAAGAAAAGGCCAAGGCUAUGAACGAUAUUGGUGUCAAGACCGUCAUUGGUAGUUUGGAUGACUUCGAUAUCAUUGAAGAGCAGACUUACCGUGCUGAUUUGGUCAUCACGUCUGCUAACGUUGAUCAUCUCGGUGAAGCUAAGGCUGUUGUAGCAGGUCUCCGCCGCAAGCUCAAGGACACUGGCAAGAAGGCUUUGUUACUCCAGACAUCUGGUACCUCCAUCUUGAAUGACGACUCAAACGGUCAAUUCGAAGGAAAGGAAAUCUACAGUGACGUGGAUACUGAGAAGUUGAAUGCCAUUCCUGCCUCUAACCCUCAUCGCCAUGUGGAUACUUAUCUCAUUGAUAACUCUGCCGACUAUGAUCUGGCCAUCAUUGCUCCCCCAUGCAUUUAUGGUGAAGGCACCGGACCCAAGGGUAUCUCCAACCCCCAGUCUGUCCAAAUUCCCACUGUCAUUCGUCAAGGUCUCAAAAACGGUGCUAUCCAACAAGUCGGACAAGGCAAGCACUGCUGGAGCAGCGUUCACGUCAAGGAUCUUGCCGACAUGUAUCUCAUCGUAGCAGAGCACUUGCUUGCUCAUGAUCUCAAGACUUUGGGUCGUGAAGGAUACUUUUUCGCAGAGACUGGCGAGUUCAAGUGGGGUGAUAUGUACAACCACCUUGCCAAGUAUCUGCAUAAGAUUGGUGCUCUCAAGACUGACCAAAUUCAAUCCGUCACCACGGACGACGAGUUCGUGAAGGCUUACGGUAACAUCGAAGCAAAGGUGGGACUCAGCCAAAACUCUCGUUCUCGCGCAGAGAAAGGUCGCGCCUUGGGUUGGAAGCCAACCCACAAGUCUGAAGAUGUCUUCACUGACGCUGAAAGGGAAGCUCGUCUGAUUGCUAAACAGCUUGGAUAUAUUCAAUAAGUCAUAUCAAAUAAUUCUUUUUUCAUCAUAUUGUAAAAUCUUUGUGUGAUAAACAUUGAAAAAAUAAAAAAGUUCACUGGUAAAUGUACAUGGUUUAUUACUUUUGUAACAACAUAGCUUUUACUUCUUUAAGAGGUUGAGUACGAUCGACACGUAAGAUGCUUCCAGUAUCUGCAACCGCUAUCGAACACCAUUUGGGAGCCACCUCUGCUAAAAGCGUGAUGUGUGCCUCUGCUUCAGAUUCGGAAAGUGGGACUUUGUAACUUUCAGACAGCUUGCGAGAAACCUCACGAACGAACAUCACAUUCCUUUUUGCCGAUGUGUACAUGCUAAUAAAAACUCAGGUUAGCAUAUUCAGAU